AGUGAGUUUUUGUUGUCAUAAUCGUAUAUACGUCUAUAGUCAUAAUGGGCAGAGACCACACAAGUAAAACACAACCUGGGCUCUUUUAACACAUUUUAAGACAAUGGAAGCACAAGAUUAAGAUGGCGGGUAAAUAGCAGCCGGCUUUCUUAAAACCACCGCACCCUCAGCUGAGGACUUUGGUAUUUGUAGCGUGGGUGGUUGGUUACGUCGCCUUUCUGCUCUCCGUCAGGAGAAUGUGGACGGGGAAGUACGCCCGGAAUCCGCUAGUCCGCUCAUUGUUUAUGAACAUGGUGACCGAGAACGAAGCGGCCGCGUAUGAGACACAAGAGUGGUACCAGUGUGGUCCUGACCUGCUUGGGGAAUCAGUGCGACCCCUGUUUGUCCAAAGCCACCUGGAUUCAGCCACCAAGGCUUUUCUCAAGCGGAGCGUUGAGAAGUCGGGCUGGAUGUUCACCCAGCUCUACCACUCUUUUGUAUCAACAGUCCUCAGCCCACUGGUCUCGCGUACAUCUAUCAAUGGGUUCCUGGGUCGUGGCUCUAUGUUUGUGUUUUCUGCGGAGCAGUUCCAGCGGCUACUCCGGAUCGGCCCGGAGUGGAAGGCUGAGAGGCUCCUGGACCUCGGAGCUGGGGACGGAGGCGUCACAGACGUGAUGGGAGUCCACUUCAAAGAGGUCUAUGCAACUGAGGUCUCAAUACCCAUGAAAUGGCAUCUUCAGAGGAGGAAUUACAAGGUACUGGGUAUAGAUGAGUGGCAACAGACUGGUUUCCAGUAUGAUGUGAUCAGCUGUCUGAACCUGCUGGAUCGCUGUGACGACCCUCUGCUUCUCCUGCGAGACAUCCGGCUAUCGCUAGUGCCCAACACAGGAAGACUAAUCCUGGCUGCAGUGCUUCCCUUCCAGCCUUACGUGGAAGUCGGGGGAAGAUGGCAGCGUCCCAAAGAACAUAUAAAAAUAAAAGGAAAAACAUGGGAGGAGCAAGUAACCAACCUGACCAAUGAGGUUUUCCGAAGGGCAGGGUUUGAGUUGGAGGCUGUGACCCGGUUGCCAUACCUCUGUGAAGGGGACAUGUAUAACGAUUACUACGUUCUUGAUGAUGCAGUUUUUGUUCUUAAGAUCUCAGAGAAUGGGUCAGAGUCUGCUUGAAUACCAAACGCACUGUGGGAUUGUCAGAGGCUGUUACUCUGUUAAUCUCAUAUCUCAGUAGGUUGCUCCUGGAUGGAUUUUUGUGCAACUUCCAUAAGCUCCAUUCAUAAAACACAGUGUUACUGACAGUGUUUCUUUAGAAAAUGGUGAGUCAGCUCAGGUACUGUACUGUAGUUCCUACAUUUACCAGCCAUCUUGUGUGACAGUGAUACCUCGACUUGUAAAGCAAAAAAUACCUGAAGGGCAGUUUGCCUACGUUGAAAUGCCACUGAGGAUCACAUCCUCUAAGACAUAUCACUAUGCUGUAGGUGUUCGUACUGUAAAGUCUGUUAUCUGUGGGAAGUGUUUACUGUUAGUGUUUCAUCAUUCUCAGUUAUCAGUGGUAGUAAUCAUGGUUGAAUUUGCACUUUAAUUAAUUCAGUUUCUGAUGCAAAGGAUCAGUGGAUGCACAUGAUUGAUUCAGCCAUUCUGAAUUGGGCCUUUUAUAUUUUAUUGCUGUUUUUUUACCUGCUAUUAGUGAAAACAAAAGUAAUAUGAAGCCUUCUUAAAGCGAGCCGAUGUAACUUAUGUUAAACAGCAGAUAUUGAGUGGUUCUUACUGAAUAAUUUAAAGCUGCAUUCAUUGAUUUUGAAAAUACAACACUGAUGUAUUCUCAUCUUGGCAAACAAUUGUGUACAUGUCUUGUACACAUACAGGAGGAACAUUAGCACUCAUUGGAAUUGUGUUUCUGGCCACUUGGUCUCCACCAAUGACUGUAUAAAGAUGGACGACAUGUCGCCACUUCCUCACACUACAAAAAUUAACAUAAAAUAUCAUGGAUACUGGCACAAUAUCUUGCACUGGUGACAUCAUUUGGAGCCAGAGUCUGCGCAGUAGUGGUCAGGAAGUGGAGCCAAGAUUUUUGAGUUCCUGUCCGUACACCGUCCGACCCAGUUGCAAGCAGUGCCAUAGAAUGCAAGUGCACUAAUUGGCACACAAAGCUGUCAAUCAUGAUGUCAUACCCCUUUUUAUCGCAUCAAAAUACAAAUUAAAACCAAACUUAACAGAAAGAGACUUGCUGUUUUGGCUUCAAUUUUGGGAACUGUUUUGUCAUCCAUGUUUUUAUACAGUCUAUGGUCCAUGGACAUCUAAAGAGAACUGGAAGGGAGGUGGUGCCUCAUUAAGUUUCAUGAAAGUUGCUCGGUGGAAUAUGAAGCCAAAAAAAAGCUUAAUUUGCACAGUAUAAAAAUUACCUGGAUCUUACUCAUCUUGGGGGCCCAUAGUGGAACAGCAUGAGAGACUGACGGCAGCCGAGUGGCUAAUUUUCACCAACCAUGCAGCUCUCUUCCAGUUUAGCUCUCCACUUACUUGAAUGAGGGUGGAAAUGAUUUAAUCCUGCAGCUCUUUCUGACUCUCAAAAUGUAAUCGGACCGAACUGAUUGAAUCCUGAUAGUGAAAUGAGCCAUUUUGCUGGGGUUGUGAUGCCCCAAAAAUGUUUCCACUGAUUAACAGACGUCUCUUUUACAAUGCAAGUCUAUAGGAAAGUCUUUUUGGCAUAAUGGCAUCAUGUGACAGACCCAGAAGUUGUAAUUACACGUUUGACCAUUAGAUACAUUUGGCUUAAAUGCCUGGCAGUUUUCCUGGCGUGCCGGAAAAGUUAAAACAAUGACCCAAAACAGACUUUGAGGCUCUGUAGAGCUGAGGGGGACUGAAGUUGGGUGGUAAUACCCUGUGACUUUGUCACUAUGAGCGACCCUUUUCACAUUCCUUGUAAUCAUAUGGCCCAUUGUAAAUAUAAAAAAUACUGACUCGUACAGCUUUAAGGCUCAAACAUAGUGUAACUGUAGCACAAGUAGUAAAAGCCAUAAAGCUGCCAAACUGUGUCAGUCACACACAUUGUGUUUUAUUGUUUAUGAAUUCAACUCUUCAUUUGUAAGAGAAAGAUAUAAUUUAACCUUUCAAAAGUUACAUGGUCUCGCUUUAAAUCAGUGCUGCACAAUGGACGAUUAAAUAUGUGACACAAUUAAUGCAAUAUUUGUACUGAAAGAAAGAGUGUUGUAUGGAAUUCAGAAAUAAAAAAACAAAUACAUUA